AUCAGGCAGUGCUCGACGCGUGAAGUCGACGCAGGCCUGUAACAAUUAAACACAAAAAGCGCAAGUCCAACAAUUUUUUUACAUAUUGGAAUGUGAAAAUAGGUUUAUAUAUUUGUGAAAAGACUGUUCCUAUGGGAUAAACUAGUGAACAAGUUAAAUCAGCAUAGUUGAAAAGCACUGUUAUAAAAAAUAAGAUAUUGAAGCAAUGUGAGCAAAAUGUGAAUAAUAAACCUACAUCAAUGUAAUCAACGAAUUUUGAGCUCACUUGAGAAAUUUUGGACGAAGAGGAUUUUCUUCUUGAUGAUACACGAGAAGAUGAGAUUUCAGACCAGAAAAGCCUUCAGCAAAUUCUACUCCUAAAUGCUCUUGAAGCUAGCUAAGUAAUGGUUUGGUCUGGAGGUACAACAGAUCAGUGUAGUUGCAACUCAAGAAUUACCAGAAGGGACAGACCUCGGUUAGCCAAGUUCUUAUCAGUCGGAGAACAAGACAGGAAUAGAGAUGUGGUCCCACAUUCUAGCAAUAGAUGUCUAGCAUGCAAGCAUUCUGCCAACCAACCUGAUCAAACUCAGUUUAGAAAUGUUUCUCCUGACCCACCUGCCAAAAGAAGAGAACAUAGGAAGGCCAGACGAUCUCAGUCUGAAGCUCCAUCAAGAUAUAGAAAUCAGCUUAUAAUAACUCAAGGAGAAUACGGAAAAUUUGCUGAUUCAAACAAACUUUGCGACGCAAAUAAGGAGAACUUGAAAAAUGGUUUUCUUACAGAGGGUGGGAAAACUAAUUUGUACACAAAGCAGCGCGUAGGUCGGGCCAGGUCAAGAAGGAUUGCUGGAAAAAUCUCCAGUACACCAGACACAGUGUACUGUAGUAAUGCUUACAAACAAGAAUGCAAAAAUAAAAACAAUAACAUUGAAAACUGGUUAUACCCGUCACAGGGACAGCCCGGGUCCCUUAGCAGCACAGUAAGCAGUACAUUAAAUAGUAGUACAAGCAGUUUACAACCUGUUCUCAUUAGUAGUGCACAAGGUUCAGGAUCAGGGCCUGGUCCUCCUUGUUCUCCCAUACCUCCAGGUCCUUUAUCAGGGAUACGUGCAAGGUCCAAGUCCAGAUCUCGGGCUGUAAACACAAACAACGGACUGUCAACCAUCUGGCCAGAUAGAAAUGGAGUUUGGCUUCCAACAUGGUAUUUCGGGAAAAGUAAGAGAAUAGAAGCUGAGAAGAGAUUGCUGCUUCCACAGAACGAACACGGGACCUUCUUGAUCCGAGAUUCCGAGUCUAGGCGAAACGAUUAUUCGUUAUCAGUUCGAGACGGAGAUACAGUCAAGCACUACAGAAUUAGACAGCUGGAUGAAGGUGGAUUCUUUAUUGCCCGGCGGACCACCUUCAGAACCCUCCAGGAGCUGGUGGAGCACUACGCCAGGGAGUCGGACGGUUUAUGCGUCAAUCUAAAAAAACCUUGCGUACAGAUUGAAAAACCUCUGACAGCUGAUCUAGCUCAUAAUACCAGAGACCAGUGGGAGAUUGAUAGAAACAGUCUUAAAUUCAACAGAAAACUAGGACAUGGGCAGUUUGGUGAGGUUUGGGAAGGAUUAUGGAACAGUACUACUCCAGUCGCCAUCAAAACAUUAAAAACAGGUUCAAUGGAUCCUAAGGACUUCUUGUCUGAAGCUGCAAUCAUGAAGAAGUUACGGCAUCCUAAACUGAUCCAGCUGUACGCUGUCUGUACCCUGGAGGAACCUAUUUACAUUAUUACAGAGCUUAUGAAGAACGGGAGCCUGCUAGAGUUUCUUCAAGGGAAGGGUAGGACAUUAAAGCUCCCACAGCUGAUCGAUAUGUCAGCACAGAUUGCUGCUGGGAUGGCCUACCUUGAAUCUCAGAACUAUAUACACAGGGACCUCGCAGCCAGGAACGUUUUGGUUGGAGAUAAUCAUGUAGUGAAGAUUGCAGACUUUGGGUUAGCCCGGCUCAUUAAGGAGGAUGAAUAUGAAGCUAGGGUUGGAGCGAGGUUUCCUAUAAAAUGGACAGCUCCUGAGGCUGCAAAUUAUUCAAGAUUUUCCAUAAAGAGUGACGUCUGGUCGUUUGGUAUUCUUUUAACAGAGCUGGUGACAUACGGUCGUAUUCCGUAUCCAGGAAUGACGAACGCUGAGGUGCUUCACCAGGUUGAGCAUGGAUACAGGAUGCAGGCUGCUCAGGGUUGUCCUCCACUACUCUACGACAUAAUGCUGGAGUGCUGGCACAAGGAUCCAAUGAAGAGACCAACAUUUGAGACUCUUCAGUGGAAGCUGGAGGAUUUCUUUACAAUGUCCGACUCGGAAUACAAGGAAGCAUCAGCAUACUGACAUUAGCCAGGGUCCCAGAGGUCACAAAGUACAUUUGGUACAGUGGCCUCUGAGACCAGACCUUUCCUGGCCUCAUUUACUCCCACAAGGGGACCUUUGUGUACUGGAACUAGCGGACCUGUGUUCUCUGCAGGAACUAGCGGACCUGUGUUCUCUGCAGGAACAAGUGGUCCUGUGUUCUCUGCAGGAACAAGCGGUCCUUUGUGUACUGGGACUAGCGGAUCAAUAUUUACUGGAACUAGCGGACCUGUGUUCUCUGCAGGAACUAGCGGACCUGUGUUCACUGGAACUAGCGGACCUGUUCAGAACAGAAAAGAUGGGAAUAGGAAACAUUUCUGAAUACCUAGCCAACUCAGCCAACCACAUUUGUCAAAUUAUUCGAAAAUUUUUAAUCCUCAGAAAUAAAAUUGUCAUCAUAUUUUGGUGUCAUAAGAAUUGGAUUAAUGGUUGAUUGGACUAAUGUUCGGUUGGACGAACGUUCGGUUGGACUAACGUUCGGUUGGACUAACGUUCGUUUGGACUAACGUUCGGUUGGACUAACGUUCGUUUGGACUAACGUUCGUUUGGACUAACGUUCGUUUGGACUAACGUUCGUUUGGACUAACGUUCGGUUGGACUAACGUUCGUUUGGACUAACGUUCGGUUGGACUAACGUUCAAUUGGACUAACGUUCGUUUAGACUAACGUUUGUUUGGACUAAUGUUCAUUUGGACUAACUUUUAAAACCGGUUUGUGAACAGCCGACUUUAGGGUAAUUGAACUAACGUUCAAUUGGCUAUUUGUCCAAUCGAUAUAGCAUCCAUAUUUUUAGAAGAAGAUUACGAAGGUCAUAAAAAUAAAAUCAAUAAAUUCUGAUAAUAUAAUUUCAUCUACAGGGUGAAAAUACACCAGAAAUUGAGUGACCGCUUUAAGGUAAUUCGUCUUCUCAACCUUUCGGAUAAAAUAAAAAUUUUUGUUUUUGCAACAAAUUGUACAAUUACCAAAUUAUUAAUUAACUGGCAUUUAAGAUUUCCUAGUUCCUAUAUUAUUAUCAAUAAAAACGCCUUGUAUCUCUAAAGUGUUCAAUGUUAACUGUCGUCAAUGCUCCUCUAUAUUUCUUGUUCACUGCCAGCUGAAUAUUUUAAAGCUUCUAAUAGUAAUAUCCUAAAUAUCUUGACAUUCUGGAUUCAUUUCUCUCGUUAAUCAUUAAUAAUAGUAUUUGGACCAUGCAGCACUAAUUUAACUUGUAAUUAAUGCCUUAAAGCUUUUUUCUGCUAGAUUGUCACAAUUAGUCAAGUGAUUUCCUCUCUGUGAAAGUCCUAAAGUCCCUGAAGCUCACUGCGACUGUAAAAUACAAAUAAAUUAUAUAAAUAAAUGACAUUUUUAUUGA